GCUCCUCCGCGCACGCGCGCCAGGGCUGGGCGUGCCCAACAAAGAAGGGGAGUGGUCAUCUGGAGAGGGGCGUGGCUGUGUGCUGUGGGCGUGGCCAGGAGCGCGCCCGCGCGUCCCCUCCCGGCCGCCGUCGCCCGCUGCCCCCGCGGCCGCAGCAUGGCGGGAGCGGCCCCCGGCCCCGGCGGGCGGCGGCGGCUGCGGGACGAUGGGCUGCGGACCUGCACCUCCGCCGAGCAGUCCAAGGUGGAGGACAUCGUGCAGGAGGUCUAUGAUGCCUACAAGACAAACCAUCACUCCUCACAGUACGUCCUGCAGCGGGAGAAGCACUUCCAUUACCUGAAGAGAGGUCUCCGGCAGCUCACUGAAGCCUAUGAGUGUCUGGAUGCCAGCCGCCCCUGGCUCUGCUACUGGAUCCUGCACAGCCUGGAGCUGCUGGACGAGCCCAUUCCUGAUUCGGUGGCCUCUGACGUCUGCCAAUUCCUGAGGCGGUGCCAGAGCCCCCAGGGUGGAUUUGGGGGGGGUCCCGGCCAGCACCCCCACCUCGCCCCCACCUACGCCGCCGUCAACGCGCUCUGCAUCAUCGGCACCGAGGAGGCCUUCGGCGUCAUCGACAGGAAGAAGCUCUUGGAAUACCUGCACUCGCUGAAGCAGCCGGAUGGCUCCUUCCUCAUGCACGUGGGUGGAGAGGUGGAUGUCAGGAGCGCCUACUGUGCCGCCUCAGUGGCCUCGCUGACCAACAUCCUGACGCCUGCGCUUUUUGCUGGGACGGCCGAGUGGAUUGCCAGGUGCCAGAACUGGGAGGGUGGGAUUGGCGGCGUGCCGGGCAUGGAGGCGCACGGUGGCUACACUUUCUGCGGCGUGGCCGCGCUGGUCAUCCUCAAGCAGGAACAUCUGCUGAACCUCCGGAGCCUGCUGCACUGGGUGACCGGGCGGCAGAUGCGCUUCGAGGGCGGAUUCCAGGGCCGCUGCAACAAGCUGGUGGAUGGGUGCUACUCCUUUUGGCAAGCCGGGCUCCUGCCCCUGCUCCAUCGGGCACUCCAUGCCAGGGGCGAUCCAGCGCUGAGCAUGGCACACUGGAUGUUCGACCAGCUGGCACUGCAGGAAUACAUUCUCCUAUGCUGCCAGUGCCCAGCUGGCGGGCUGCUGGAUAAGCCAGGAAAAUCCCGGGAUUUCUACCACACCUGCUACUGUCUGAGUGGGUUGGCCAUUGCACAGCACUUUGGAAGUGGAGAUCUCCACAAUGAGGUGGUCCUGGGUAUCCCUGAGAAUUGCCUGCAGGCCACACACCCUGUCUACAACAUUGCCCCGGAGAAGGUGGCGAGGGCGGUGAUGCACUUCCUGCAGUAUCCUGUGCCCAGCCUGGAUCUGGCAUCCGCUGCCGAGUAGGGGGGUCCCGCUGCUGGCUCGGGGUGUCCCGGCAGCGAGCGGCACAGCCCAUCCCGCGGCGGCCUGGCCAGGCACAGCACGGUGCUCAGGGUGCUAGCAAUACCAAAAUCCAGCCUGCUCCAGGCCGGGUGUCCUGCUGCCAUCCUGGCCAGAGCCGAGGUGGGACACGGGCUCUGGCAGAGCUUUUUGGCAUCAAUAAACCAGAAGUCACACCCGCCGUGUGCUGGUGGCCCCGGGGAUGCGGGGCAGGAGGUGAUGCCACGUCUGGAUCCGGUGGCACCAACUUCCCCCAUUCCAAGAACACACGGUAACCAUGGGGGAAGAUAAAAUAAGUGGAAUUUUG